GUUUCAAGAGGCGGUGAGACGCGUCGGACGCCCGUGAUUUACAUAAAGUAGAAAAGCCCUCAACUUUAUGUAAAUGAGGAGUGGGCGUUGUGACGCUCCGUUUCUUUAAUCGCGACGCCACGCUACCAGAAUGCAUUGCGCGCAGCUUACAUAGACAAUGAAUGGGGAGCGUGGAAAGCACGGAGCCUGUGGACAUGUACCAUUAUCGUUCACUUAAAAGAGCCGGCUGAAUGAACCGGCUCGUUCGCGAUCGACACAUCACUACCAGCCACAACAGUCUAGCCCAGAGUGAUUCAUGUUGUCCUAGAUGUAGUUAUAGGUACAGGCUGUGCCCAUAGAACAAGAAAAGAAGAGCAGUUCGCAGUCUUAAGCAGACAUGCCCGACUCUGUGUCGAGUGAAACCGGUUCGAAGGUUUCGGACCCUCAACACUCCCAGAAACUCCUCCGGGUCCUUCGCACCUUCUGGCAGGAGCAUAGCUUCCACGAUGCACUGCUGGUGGUGGAUGGAGAAGAGAUGCCUGUCCAGAAAAACAUCCUGGCUGCUGCCAGCCCUUAUGUCAGGACCAAGCUGAACUACAAUCCUCCGAAGGAAGAUGGGUCUACAUACAGAAUCGAGCUGCAGGGGGUCUCCAUGCCCACCAUGAAACAGAUCCUGGACUACAUCUUCAGCGGUGAAAUCACUUUAAAUGAAGACACCAUCCAGGACAUGGUGCAGGCAUCUGACCUGCUCCUCAUGACUGACCUCAAGUUCCUGUGCUGCCAGUUCUUAGAGAGUUGCAUCACCGCGGAGAACUGCAUCGGCAUCCGGCUCUUCUCUCUGCAUUACUGCCUUUCCCACGUCCACUAUGCCGCCACUGAGUUCCUGCAGACACAUUUUGGCGAUGUGGCGCGCACUGAGGAGUUCAGGGAGUUGCCCCAUAACCGGCUCUGUGAGGUGCUGGCCAUGGAGAAGCUGAACGUGGGCAACGAAAAGCACGUGCUGGAGGCUGUGGUGCGAUGGUUUGCACAUGACUCAGAGGAUCGCAAGGUACACAUGAAGGAAGUGAUGUCUACAGUAUGGAUGCAGGGCCUGGAUGUGAGCUACCUGAGAGAGCAGGCCAUGGGAGAGCCGCUGAUGAGGGAGGUGAUCAGAGAGUACUGUCAGGAGGCGCUGGCGGAUAGUCCGCUGCAGGGUGAGGCUCUGCUCGCCGCCUUCAAACCCCGAGGUUACUCAGAGUGUAUUGUUAUCGCCGGAGGAGAGGAUCGCAAAACCAGGAAGCCAACUGCUGCUACGCGCUGCAUGUGUCCGCUCUACGACACCAACAGACAGGCCUGGGUCGAGCUGCAGCCAAUGAGUGUCGCCCGCUUCGGCCACGGGGUGGUCGCUGCCGAGGGUUUUCUGUUUGUGAUGGGCGGAACAGAUGAACACAACACACUCCUAGACAGUGGAGAGAAAUAUGACCCUGACUCCAACACCUGGAGCCCCAUACCCCCAAUGCUACAGACUCGUCAGAACUUUGGUGUGGUGGAGCUGGACGGUCUGAUCUAUGUUCUCGGAGGAGAGACCAAAGAAAUAGAGCUGAUCACUGUUGAAGUGUUCGAUCCUCACUUCAAUACCUGGAAAAUGCAGACCAGUAUGACCAUGAUCCGCAAGGUCGGCUGCUAUGCCUCCAUGAAUAAGAAGAUCUACGCCAUAGGUGGGGGCUCCUACGGGAAGUUGUUUGACUCUGUUGAAUGCUAUGACCCCAAAACCCUGCAGUGGACAGGCCUCUGUCCUCUGAAAGAGAGAAGGUUCGGGUCGGUGGCGUGUGGCGUCGGCCAGGAGCUCUACGUGUUCGGCGGAGUUAGAAGCAAGGAAAACGAAAACCCCGAGCAAAGACAGAUGAUGACCUGCAAGUCUGAGUUCUACCAUGACGAGAUGAGGAGGUGGAUGUUCCUGGAUGACCAGACCCUGUGUAUCCAGACCAGCUCAUCCUUCGUUUACGGUGCUGUGCCCAUCGGAGCCUGCAUCUACGUUGUGGGAGACCUGGACACAGGAACAAGCUUCGACUACAUCCGUGAGUUUCGCCGCAGCACUGGGACGUGGCAUCACACCAAGCCUAUGUUACCCACCGACCUCUCCAAAACAGCCUGCGCCGCCCUUCGUAUUGCCAACUGUCGACUGUUCCGUCUUCAGUUGAGCCAGGGCAUAUUCCGGAUCAGAGUCUGACUUCGGGACACCAGCCAGUGGCCCUGUGUCGGCUCCACACUCCACUUUUGCACACUGGUACUUUCUACCUGCUGUAGGACUGGGUUUAGGGAUUUUAAAGUUGCUAGAUAUUGAGGAUUGUGACUCUUGGUUCAGGGGUUUAUAUUUGACUGAGACUUGACGGGACAAAAGUUCAUCUUUUAAACCCUUUUUUUAAUACCAUUUUUUAUAAACCUUAAUAUAUUUUUUUUCUUUCUAAUGUGAGGUUUGAUCUUUAUUUUUAUUUUUUUGCUUUUUAUUUUAAUAGCCAUGCAUCAUUUGUGAUGUUUUACUGGUAAUCUGUUCCUUGGUGAGGGAUUUAAACUGUAAACAACACUUGAUACAGAUUACCACAUUAUUACAUGAGGGAUUAUGAUUGAGAUUAUAAAAGCACUGCUGUGUUGCAAUUAGGGAUGCUAAUUUUGAAAAAA